UAUUUACGAAAUCUUAAUUUACUCGUACCUAUCACGACAUUUCAUAACGGUUUAUUUGCUUAAAUCUUAACACAAUUUAAACUCUAUUACUGUAAAGUUGAGGACUAUUUUCCUAGUCAACUUUGUGCGUAUUUGCUAUAACGUUUAGAAAAUUAAUGAUAGGGUUAAUAAAUAUUAAAACUAACCAUUACAAGAGUACAGGCGUCAGUGAAAAGUCAAAUUGUGAAUUGAAGAUGAUCGAUGAAAAGAAGAAGGAAAAAUGUUUGGACAAGGAAUUUCUGGACGGAAAAUCGUACGGUGUUGGAAUUCGCCAUUUGCAGAUGGUCAGCAUGGGUCUUACCAUGAUUGCGUUGUUCAUGGCUCGUGGCAGCAUGGGGGUCGCGGUGCUUGCUAUGUCAGAUGUCAAUAAGAAGAAUGAUACCAGCAUCACGAUAUACGACUGGGACAAGCGGACACAAAGUUUAAUCCUCUCUUCAUUCUUCUGGGGCUACGUAAUUAUGCAGCUGCCGGCUGGUAUCAUAGCUAGGAAAUUUGGCGGAAAACCUAUUAUAUUUGUGUCAUUGUUAGCAAACGGCACCAUUUGUCUCCUAAUUCCGACUCUUGCGUCUUUGGGUGGCUGGACUUUAGUAUGCGCCUCGCGAGUAGUGAUGGGGCUGACUCAAGCGUGUCUAUUCCCUGGUAGCCACACACUACUCGGGCAGUGGUUACCGCCUAAAGAACAAACCUCUUACAGCGGUGUUGUUUAUGGAGGAGUACAAAUCGGCACCAUCCUCACCUUGCCGAUCUCAGGCUUCCUCUCGGAGACGGCUCUUGGCUGGAAGAUGAUCUUCUAUACCAUGUCUGGGGUCCUAUACGCUACUGCUGUCUUCUGGUACUUCUUCGCUGCCAGUUCGCCGAGAUGUCAUCGCUUGAUCAGCGAGGAAGAAAGAUCGUAUAUAGAGUCUGGUUUGAAUUCCGCAGGUUCAAAGAAAAAUGUAAAGACACCAUGGAAGGCGAUUCUCAAGACCAAGGCGCUGUGGGCUGUGCUAGUACCUCAUGUGGGCUAUGCCAUGGGAUUCGUUCUAUUCUUUGUGGACAUGCCCACUUACCUGGAAAAAGGACUGCAAAUUUCAUUGAAAAAUAGUGCAAUAUUAUCUGCUUUGCCAUACCUCGGCAUGUGGCUUGGAAGUAUGAUCGCUUCGAUCGUCGCAGAGAAAAUGAUCAACUCGGGGUGGUGUUCCAAAACAUUUGCCAGAAAACUCUUCUCUUCGAUCGCUAUGUUUGGAAUGGCUGCUGGCUUAAUCUCCCUGUCGUUUAUGGGUCCCGAGAAUCGAACCUUGGCUGUCGCGACGCUGAUCACGACAUUAACAGUGAGUGGGGCUGCAAUGGCGGGACACACUAUCAACCAGCUCGACAUCUCCCCUAACUUUGCCGGCGUCAUGAUGGGCUUCACCAACUUCAUCGCCAACAUCGGCAGCCUGGCCGUACCCAUCAUCACUGGACUGAUUUUGGGCAAAGAUUCUAUAGAUACAGGUCGUUGGCAAAUCGUUUUCCUACUUCAUGCUGGGCUGAAUAUCGCUACCAAUAUAGUCUUCAUGAUAUUCGGCAGCUCAGAGAGACAAGACUGGGACGAUCCCGAUUACAUGGAUAAGACGAAAGCUGAUCCAGAGGAAACAAAACCAGUGCUUUCGAACAGAGAUAAAGAGGCAGAAACAAACAAACACACGAGCUGAAACAAUGAGCGAUAACUUAUAAUUUUGUAAAUAUUAGAAUUAAAGAAAUUAUACACAUGUUC